AGUUCCUCAGCUACGUCUUCAGGGUAGAACUUGGCCCGGAACUUUAUCAACAGAGGGUUCUCCCUGCGUACAUCCUGAGCUGUCACCUGGGAACAUUACAGCAUUGCAACAACAUGAAGCUGGAUGAGCAGACUCGCAGGGCCCUGGAGCUGGAGAAGGAGAGGACGUUUGCCCAGGAGGAGGCAGAGCGUCUGGAGAAGGAGAGGACGUUUGCCCAGGAGGAGGUAGAGCGUCUGGAGAAGGAGCGCAUGGCAGCGGAAGAGGCUGUAAUAUGUUGUUACUGUCUGAGGAGAGUAGUGAGAAUGUACUCACCCUCUUGUUGAGUUUGAGCCAGGUAGAGAAGCCUUUGCUGUCCUGGUACUGUAGGCCAAAGAACCAGGUCUCUCUCAGCCCGAUGGUCUUCACUAUCUACACAACAAUGAAGAAGAAGAUCAGUUGUUUGUCCAUAUUCGAGGAAACAAAGAUUUGUCUGUCUGUCUGCCUGUCUGCCUGUCCGUCCGUCCACCUGUCCACGUACCUGGUCGAAGAGUUGUUUGCCAGUGGUGCUGGGCAGGACGGCAAACUCCAGCUCAGCGUCCAUGGUGGUGACACGAACAUUGAUCUACCAGAGGGCGUUCACAUAGACACAAACUGGAGUAUGAAUGGGAGGAGAGAGAACUUAAUAGCCUAUUAAAACACAUAGAUAGAGUAAUGGUUAGUAUAAUAGGUAGAAUGCUUUACAAUAGGGGAUAGGCAUGCAAAAUACACUGAACAGAAAUAUAAACGCAACAUUCAACAAUUUCAAAGAUUUUACUGAGUUCAAAGUUCAAAUGAGGAAAUCAGUCAAUUGAAAUAAAUUAAGUAGGUUCUAAUCUAUGGGUUUCACAUGACUGGGAAUACAGAUAUGCAUCUGUUAGUCACAGAUACCUUUUUUUUUUUAAAUGGGCAUUUUGUGCAUUCAAAUUGCCUUAGAUAAAAUGCAAUUGUGUUUGUUGUCCUUAGCUUAUGCCUGCCCAUACCAUAACCCCACCACCACCAUGGUGCACUCUGUUCAGUGCGUUGACAGCAGCAAACCGCUCGCCCACACAACGCCAUACAUGUGGUCUGCGGUUGUGAGGCCGGUUGGACCUACUGCCGAAUUCUCUUAAAUAACGUUGGAGGCGCCUGAAAUUAACAUUCAGCUCUGGUGGACAUUCCUGCAGUCAGUAUGCAAAUUGCACGCUCCCUCAAAACUUGAGACUGUGGCAUUGGGUUGUGUGACAAAAUGUCACAUUUUAGAGUGGCCUUUUAUUGUUGCCAGUACAAGGUGCACCUGUGUAAUUAUCAUGCUGUUUUAUCAGCUUCUUGAUAUGCCACAUCUGUCAGGUGGAUGGAUUAUCUUGACAAAUGAGAAAUGCUCAUCAACAGGGAUGUAAACAAAUAUGUGCACAACAUUUUUGAGAAAUAUGCUUUUUGUGUGUCUGGAAAAUGUCUGGGAUCUUUUAUUUCAGCUCAUAAAACAUGGGACCAACACUUUACAUGUUGCGUUUAUAUUUUUGUUCAGUGUACUAAGGGGCUAAGCGAAUUAUAUGUCUCUUACUAUGAUUGUAAAAUUGUGUUCUAGGUUCUUAGGGAUGUAGAAGACCCCCAAAAUAUAAUAUAAUUAUGUUUCUUACAUUUUUCUGUUCAGCCUGCAGGAUCAUCCAAUCGCAAGAGGUCGUAGGGGACUACAAUCAAAACAUGAAGCCCACAAGGAAUAAGACAGUACAGAUGCAGAAGAUCAAGUCUCGUCUGAAGUCAGAGUUUGAGUCCCUAGAGUCUGAGGAGAAACAUCUGAAGGAAUACAAACAGGAGAUGGACCUCCUAAUGCAGGAGAAGAUGGCCCAUGUAGAGGAGCUACGACUCAUACAUGCUGAUAUCAAUGUGAUGGAGAGCACGAUAAAGCAGUCAGAGAACGACCUGAACAAGCUGCUGGAGACGACGCGGAGGCUCCAUGAUGAGUACAAACCCCUGAAGGAACAUGUCGACGCCCUGAGGAUGACCCUGGGCCUUCACAGACUUCCCAACCUCAACGAAGAGGAGGAGAAACUCUCUCUGGAUUACUUUGAGAAGCAGAAGGCUGAGUGGCAGAAGGAGCCUCAUGAGCCCACCAUCCCAGAAUCCCUUGCAGCAGCGGCUGCCGCGGCCCAACAGCUCCAGGUCUCCCGGAAACAAGAUGCCCGCCAGACCGCCACCUUCAGACAACAGCCUCCUCCCAUGAAGGUACACAGUACACACCCUCCUAUGAAGGCCUGUCUGUCAUGCCACCAACAGAUCCAUCGUAACGCUCCUAUCUGUCCACUGUGCAAGGCCAAGAGUCGCUCCCGCAACCCCAAGAAACCUAAGAGGAAGCCUGACGAGUAGACACACACACACACUCCUACUACCACCUCAUAUUGCUAAAUUUCACAUCUGGAAUUCAGUAAAACAUGUCGUCAUAACCUUUCCCCAUGCCAUGGAACCUACAUUUAGUGUAAUCGUCAUUAAGGGUUUUCUUUUUAAGUGGCUUGAGUGUUGAAAUGUAAUUGUUAACCUAAGGUUUAAUAGACCAUAACCAUGUUAUAUGCAAUAAUACACAAUACUAUACUGUAGCUGUACCCAUGUUGUGAUUGGUUCUGGCAUUAAAUGUGAAACGUACUGCAUUUACUUGUUCCUCUGUAUUUAACAUGUUUACAUUGCAUGAACACUCUCCAUGGCUGAACUAUAAUGACUGUGUUGUAACUGUUUGUGAUAUUGGACUGUAUAACCCAGGAAGUUGUUCUAAUGUUUACUGAAGGCAUAAUGGACGGUCAAGGACUGAGAACCACGAUGCUCAUUUGCUUUUAACAGUGUUGUAUGUGAAACUUGAAUACAAGAAUACAAAAAUAAAAUGUAUUUUGUACUGCA